CGGAUUGCGAACAGUCACGGCUGCGACUAACGACGACGACGACGGAACUAGCUUUCGGUCUUGGAAUAAUACACUCUCUUCUGUUUUAAUUUUCUCGACCCACGACACUGCUGGUUCUCCCACCACUCACUGUGUUGUGUGCUCUUACUAGUCUGCCAAAAUCACUUCCGGAGACUCUCUGGAUCCCGCAUCUCUCCUUUUUCCCUCCUCGUACUCGAAUUCUCAGCCAUGGACGCCCCGGAGCCGGAGCAGACGCCAUUCAAUGCAGUUCAGGCGCAGACGUCGAAACUUGCGAGGCAAUACCAAUCCUACCUUGACAAAUUGACGCCACACACUGUCUAUCGAUGGGCCGGCACGGUCGUUCUGCUGCUACUCUUUUUCCUUAGAAUUAUUGUGGCACAGGGUUGGUACAUCGUCGCCUACACCCUCGGCAUCUACCUUCUGAACCUCUUCCUCGCCUUCCUCCAACCCAAAUUCGACCCCUCCCUGACUCAAGACGAAGGACUCGAGGACGGCGAGGCGGGCGCCUCGAGCCUGCCGAUUAAACAAGACGACGAGUUCCGUCCGUUUAUCCGACGCCUGCCCGAGUUCAAGUUCUGGCACUCGGCCACGCGUGCGAUCGCGAUUGGCUUUGUGUGCUCGUGGCUCCCGUUCUUCGAUAUCCCGGUUUUCUGGCCGGUGUUGGUGAUGUACUGGCUGAUUCUGUUUUUCUUGACGAUGCGACGCCAAAUUCAACACAUGAUCAAAUACCGCUACGUCCCCUUCACCAUCGGCAAGACGCGAUACGGCCGCGACUAAAACGAAUGCCAAUCCCUAAUCCCUCGCGGACCUUUCUUUUCUCAUUAAGAGUAAGAAGUAAGAAGUAAGAAAUUUAAUGUGACCACGCAUGCCGCCACGCACGCAUUCUGGCCGUUCCCUUUCUUUUCACAACUAGCGUCGAGCUAUUUGAUCGACCGACAUACCAAUACUUAAGUGGCAGUAUGAGACCUGAAUCUGGCAUGAUUCGAUAUGUGAUGUUAUUUUAUAUUCAUAUUAUUAUUACUAUUACUUUACUCAUUUCAUGUUUUUUUGUACUCAUAAUUGGUGUGGUGUGUUGAGUAUUAUCUAUCAUACGGAGAAAUAUUAUCUUUAGAGAAGCAAAGCAUACUAGGACUGUUUUGAUCCUGUCAUAUCCCUUCCUUUACCUUCAACUCUAUUCAUUUUUCUUCAUAAUAUGGACAAUAGUUAUAUAAGCUAUUGCAUUGUCAGCUAC